GGGGAGGCCGUGCCGCGGCCGUGCCGGGGCCGUUCCGCGCUCACCUCACGCGCCCACGUGCAGCGCCCGCCGCCCCGGAAGGGCUCGCGCCGCCCCGCCCCGCCCCGCGCGGGCGCUGCCGGAGCCGUUGCCGGGGCAACGCGCGGGCGCGGCCAUGGCGGCGGGCGGGCGGCGGCGCGGGCACCGCGCAGGUGGGAGCGCCGGGCCCGCUCCGCUCCGAGCCCGCUCCGCUCCGAGCUCCCGAGCAGGGCUCCCGCUCCGAGCCCCCGGGCAGGGCUCCCGCGCUGUCCUCGGGCCCUCGGGGUCCCUCCGGCCGACCCUGAGGCCGCCCCUCCCCGCUGGGCGCCCGCUGCUCUCAGCGCGCCCACAGCCGCCCCACAGCGCGCCCACAGCCGCCCCUCUCCCCACCAGGGCCACGAGCGUUUGUGCUCGUGGGCGUUUUGCUGCUUUUAUUGCCAUAACCCCCGCCAGACACGCACCGUGUGUGUGUUUGUGCUGCACCCAGCGUGUUGGAGAGUUCAGGGUCUCUGGUUUGCCUGGCUGUGCCCUGUGCCUUGUGCUUGGGGCUGUCCUGUAACGCGGUUCGAUAUUACCUUGGGAAAGCAGAGAGGCGGCUGUGGCACUGCUGGGCAUGAAGCAGGACACACUAAACUUUUGGAUGUUCAUAAGACAAAAGAAGAUCCUGAGUCAAAACAUGAAUCAGUGCUUUUGGAAGAUGAAAUUCCUACACAGAAAUUGCACAAAAUUCCUCUGGAUCAACUUUUUUCUGACCCUUCAGCCCUGUAUCUGCUUCCUGUGCUCGGGGAAGUCCCCUCUGGAGAGCCCCCUGAUCCAAAGAAUUGUUCUCCUCAGGAAUAUUUGGAGUUUUACAUAUUCCCAGUGCUCUUACCCGGACUGGCUGCGCUUCUGCAGGAGGCAGAGAAGGAGAAUUGUUUUGAGGGAAAAAGAACCAAAUUUAUUCCCUCUGAUUUCCUAACUGAGUGGUUAUACAACAACAAUCCAAAGAAGAAAGAUGAGUCAUUCACAGAAUUGUUUUCCAUUCCUUUUGUUAAGGACUGGCUAAAGGACCAUCCUAGACCACCAGUUCCUCUAUCUCUGCUUCUAUCUGAAGAAGAAGCAAGCAUACUAAUUCAGUCCUUCUGGAGAGGUUAUCGGGUUCGUUGUGACAGUGAAAUACAAGAGCUACGUCAGUGGCAAAAGAAGCUCAGGGAGGAGAAGCACAUUACUGAGGUAGUGAGAAAAUUCUGGGCUAAACAGGAAGCCAAAGUGGGAAGCAAAUGAGAAGAGCUGGACUAACCCAAAAUCCUUCAACAUCACAAUUUCAGUUUGCUCACCAAAACUGCAGAGCACAGAGCUCAUGGACUUUGUGAUACUGAUUUAGAAACGCUCUUAGCAUUAAAGUUUUACAUGUGAGGUGUUGUAAAUCAAAGGCAGGUUAUAUAAGGAUCCAGCAUGCCAAGACAAAAUUCAGUCUUAGUCGAAGGGAGCACAAUUCUGUUAAAACAGAUGGAAUGGUGCACAUCUAGCCAAAAAUGUUGAAUCUGUGUUGAUCUUGUGUUCCUGAAUGCUCACUUAAAACCUUUUCUGACAGGAACAAAACUGGAUAAAAUUAAAUAGGGUUCUACCCACGUGUAGGCCAGUGUUAAAUCUUCAUUUAUCAUAAACUGGACUUCUCUGACUCGUGCAGAGCUGUGACAAUUUACACAAAUCCAGGCUCUGUUCAGAAUGCUCGAAGUUGCAGAAAUGCUGUGCCCCUCCAAUUCCAGAGGAAGGCAAUGGGAGCUGGGGUUGCUCUGCAUUUCUGCAGGGGAGAAAAGUCAAAGGCCCUUUUGUUAGCCCUUAGCACAUGUGCUGAGAAAAUGUAGAAUUAAGAUCCCACUGUCAGCUUUUCCAGCAAUCUUAUACAGGCUACUUACUUAUAUCAGGU